AACUCCUUCUGGACUCACAGGCACCGCCCCACCCCGCCUCCUGCAGCCCUGCCGCUCCACCGCCUUGUCCUCUCAGCCUGGUGUGCAGAACCUCACCAUGAGCUCCUCCGCUGCCAGCCCGCUCUUCGCGCCCGGCGAGGACUGCGGCCCCGCGUGGCGAGCGGCUCCCGCGGCCUAUGAUGCGUCCGACACGCACCUGCAGAUCCUGGGCAAGCCGGUGAUGGAGCGUUGGGAGACCCCCUACAUGCAUGCGCUAGCGGCGACAGCCGCCUCCAGAGGGGGUCGUGUCCUGGAAGUGGGCUUUGGUAUGGCCAUUGCGGCCUCCAGGGUGCAACAGGCCCCCAUAGAAGAACACUGGAUUAUUGAGUGCAAUGAUGGGGUCUUCCAGCGCCUACAAGCCUGGGCCCUGCAACAGCCACACAAGGUUGUUCCCUUGAAAGGCCUAUGGGAGGAGGUGGCGCCUACACUGCCGGAUGGCCACUUUGAUGGGAUCUUAUAUGACACAUACCCACUGUCUGAGGAGACCUGGCACACUCACCAGUUCAACUUCAUAAAGAACCAUGCUUUCCGCUUGCUGAAGCCUGGAGGCAUCCUCACCUACUGCAACCUCACAUCCUGGGGGGAACUCAUGAAGUCCAAGUACACGGACAUCACCACCAUGUUUGAGGAAACACAGGUGCCUGCGCUGCAAGAGGCGGGCUUCCGGAGAGAGAACAUUCGCACAGAGGUGAUGGCACUGGUGCCGCCAGCAGACUGCCGUUACUACGCCUUCCCUGAGAUGAUCACUCCCCUGGUCACCAAGCACUGAGCGACUGGCCCAGGCUGGAAUGGGUGCACAUCCUCUGCAGUGCCCUGGCUGACUGCAGCUGUGACACCUGCUGGCCCAGCCUCCUUUCCAGAGCUCAGGGAUAAAUAAAUUCUAACAAAAGGA